AUGGAGCCCAGCAGCGGGAGCCGCGACGCCAGGCCCGCCGUUACGCCGGUGGCGGCUGUGCUGCCGGCGGGCGGGAGCGGGGAGCGCCUGGGUGGCGCCACCCCCAAGCAGUUCUGCGCCGUGCAAGGGAGGCCGCUCGUCAGCUACACGGUGCGGGCGAUGGAGAGGAUAAGUUGGAUAUCUGACAUUAUUGUGGUGGUCUCUCCUGAAAAUAUUGAAACAAUGAAGUCUAUCAUUGAAAAAUAUGGCCACAAAAGAGUUGUGCUAGUAAAAGGUGGAAUAACUCGUCACCGGUCAAUUUUCAAUGGACUGAAAGUAUUUGCAGAGAAUGAAUUUUCCAACCAUCUGCUCCAGAAACCAGAAGUAGUGAUUAUCCAUGAUGCUGUGAGGCCAUUUGUUGAAGAAGACAUUCUUUCAAAAGUGGUUAUGGCUGCUAAAGAACAUGGGGCAGCAGGAGCUAUUCGUCCUCUGGUUUCUACUGUUAUUGCUUCUGCUGCAGAUGGCUGUUUAGACCACUCAUUGGAACGUGCCAGGUACAGAGCGAGUGAAAUGCCUCAGGCUUUCUUGUUUGAUAUAAUCUAUGAAGCAUACCAACAGUGUACAGACUAUGACCUGGAUUAUGGAACUGAAUGUUUGCAUCUGGCUCUGAAAUACUGUAAAACAAAUGCCAAACUUGUUGAAGGAACAGCUGACCUCUGGAAGGUGACCUACAAGCGGGAUCUGUAUGCAGCUGAAUCGAUUAUUAAGGACAACCUAUCACAACAAGUUUGUGUUAUUACCGAUGUGAAGGAAGCUGUUGCACAAGUAGGUUUUCUCCUUCAUGAAUCUCUGAAAAGCCAAAUAAAAGUUGAAGCUAUAUCAAUAUCUCUAAGUAAAAAUGAUAGCCAUCUACAAAAUAUCUUUUCAGGACAGUGCUACAAUUUUGUUUGCAUAAAUGAUAAAAAGUAUGCCAUUCAAGAAACCCAGCAACUAGUGGAUAUGUUGGAAAAAUCAAAUAUUCCUCUCUUAUAUCGAGUUGUCCUUAUUUUGGUGCACUUGGAUAUUUCAGAAAAUAUUUCUUUCAGCAUUGGGAUGGAGGAACUAACUAGGAUGAAGAAAUUUGCAAGGGAAUUUAAAAAGAAAAAUAUUUUGGUUUAUGGUCUUCUUAUCCAAUAUAAGGACCAUUUGCUGCUUCAGGAGACAGUAAAUUCUGCUGCUGCUCUUAUCAUGGCAUUAAUAAGGGACAGAAACCCGGACCUGAUCGGCCAGCUGUUGGUAGCAUAAGACCAUAAAUCAAGUGUAGCUUUUGGAAAUGUUUCUUUUUCAUCAUCCA